AUGCGGUCGACAGAUAGACACACCCACACAAACGCUUUCUUUGGCACCUCGCGCUCGCGCUUUUUCUCGCACCGACUGAGCACCAUCACCAUACCUUGGCCCCUUCGCCACGCUCGUCCUUCCCUUCUGGCAUUUAUCACCGCGGUCCUCAUCUCUCGAGGAGAGCUCUGCUUCUUCAUCCGUGCAAUCACUUUCUUUGCCAGUCACCAUCGUUAUCGCUUACCCGACCUCUCGCCCUUUCUUUUCCAUGAAUCGUGCUCCUUCUCGUACUCUAAUCUUCGCCCGCAACCUUUCGCUUUCCUCACAUCUGGUCUCCUUCUCUCACAGCGGCACUUGCUUUCUUUAAUCGGCGUUGUCCCGCAGCGUUCGGCCGCACGGAGGGCCGAAGACAAACUGCUGCUUAGUCCCAGUCGCAACAAACUCGAUCGCGAUUCAGCCGACAUCUCUGAUGCGUCCAUUGACGGACGCAUCGGACGGCAUCGGAGUGCACACUCUUCAUCUGCCGUCACGGCAGAAUUAUCGUCAGCCAUCCCAGUAUCGUCUGGAUCCGCAGAGACCUCUCUAACCGCUUUACGCACCACGUCAAAAAGGGGUGCAGCUCAAGCCGCACAAAACAAUAUAUCACGCUCCUACUUGGAGCUUCCAUUGGACGAGCUCAUCGCACCGUCGCACAAAAGGUCGCGGCCGUCCACAUCUUCCCGAACGAAGGGCUCCACCGAAGACCAAGCUGGUAGAAGCAGACCAAAAACCACAUCAAAGGUAGCAGCUUCGUCGCAAGCUGCCAAUAGACGCCGUCGUCUGCGGGACGACCAGGGACUUCUGUGGGAAGUUCAGCUUGAGACUUGCCAGGUCUCACGCUAUGGCAAAUGGCGCAGGUGCGUCUCAUGUGUCUCGAAGAAAUCAGGUGACACGUGUCGCUUUGCUGGAUUCCGCGCCAUUCCAGUCAAUCCUGACACCGACGAGCCCUGUGUGCCAAGCGAGACGAGCAGCAUCAAGCCAGCAUUCCUCUCGUCGCCUGAUCCAGAUGAGGUCAUGGACCUCCCCACAGAUAGGGCGCUCGCCGCCAUCGCGCUAAAAGAGGCCCAGGCCAAUGUGGCCAGAGCUCUUCUUCCUGUGCUCGAAGCUGAGCUGCAACACGCUAGACAAGACCGUAUACUACGUCGUCCUCGAGAGACGACUUGCCGACAGAUGUGCGAGUUCUGCGCCACAAGCAUCUUCUCCGCCAGCUAUUAUUGCUCAAGAUGCGGAAGGGAAUAUUGUCCGGACUGCAAGGACGCAAUUCAGCACCCCGAUCAUUCCGACGUCAUCAUCGCAAAGCGCUUAGUUCAAUGCGAUCGGGUUCGCGGCCACAACGUUGACGAUCUUGUUCCUCUGACUAGAUUCGACGUCAAGCUGCUCGAGGAAGAGGUCGCCGCCAUGCGAAACAUGCUGGCAGCUGUCUCUGACGAUACCGUGGCGAGCACCAACAAAGGCAGCCGCACUGAUCCCGCCGGCUCCAGCAAUGCCGGUUCUACGUCGUCAUCAGGCUCAGAAGAUCAGGAGGAGACACCCAUCAAUUGGAAAGAGAUUCCUAAUAACCGUGCCGGUCUUGCUGCAGAUGCCCUCAUAGGGAGCCUCUCGCUGCGCGCCUUUGACGCAUCAUCCUUCGACACGCAUCAGUUCCGCAAGGAGUGGGCGCACGGCGAGCCACUGCUCGUUCGCGACGUCACCGCCCGUAUGCAGCAUGCUUGGGGUCCCGAUACGCUUGCCGCUCGCUACGGCGAAGAGUCGUGCUUCGUUGUCCGCUCCGACACCGACCCUCCACAGACGGAGCAAGUGUCUGUAGGGGAGUUCUUCUCGACAUUUGGCCAGGACACUGAAACCAAGCAACAGGUUCUGGGCAAGGGCUCUUGGAAGCUCAAGGAUUGGCCGCCUUCCGCCGAGUUCAAGCACGAGUUCCCGGAACUGUAUCAGGAUUUCAAUCGCGCGGUACCUGCUCCAGAGUACACGACGCGCGAAGGCAUCCUCAAUCUCGGCAGCUGCUAUCCAACCGGUGUCAUCCAGCCGGACCUCGGGCCCAAGAUGUACAAUGCCUGGCCGGCGAGCGAGGCGGUUAGAGGGCAGGGCACCACGCGUCUGCAUAUGGACAUCGCCGAUGCAGUCAACAUCAUGCUCUACGCAGCUCCCCUCGCCGGAGACGACGUGGCAGAGGAACACAGGCCAGGAGUCGCUGCGUGGGAUAUCUUCAGAGCGGAGGACGCAGAAAUGCUGCGAGCAUUCCUGCGCGAAGAGCACGCAAAGCUCAAUUUCCAGGACGAUCCGAUCCACAUCCAGCGCUUCUUCAUAUCUGCGCCUCAACGGGUGAAGCUCUACCGCAAAUACGGCCUCAAGAGCUGGCGGAUCUACCAAAAAGCAGGCGAAGCCGUCUUCAUCCCGGCGGGCUGCGUCAAAGUCGCCGUCGACUUUGUGUCUCCGCAGAACGUCGAGCGGUGUUUCAAGUUGACCGCCGAGUUUCGGGAGAUGGUCAAGGACUACAAGAAGGCCUGGAAGGAGGAUGUCUUGUCGCUCAGGACGACGUUGUGGUACGCCUGGUGUACGUACCGAGAGAUGGAUGACAAGGGACCUAACGUGUGGGCUAAGCAAGCAGCACGGGUCAAGUCGGAGGAGGAGCAACGAAUCACCAAGAAGAUCCUGCAGGACGCUUGA